GCGCGCUAGGGGGCGCUGCGGCGUGGCGCGGUGACGUGGGCGGGGCGGGCUGUGUGGCGCGCGGCGGAAGAUGCUGAGCCGGCUGCAGGAGCUGCGCAGGGAGGAGGAGACGCUGCUGCGCGUAAAGGCGGCGCUGCGCGAGCAGCUCACGCGGCUCAGGGUGGAGGAGCUGGCCCUGCAGUCCAUGAUCAGGUCCAGAGAGGAGAACGGGACCAUCCCUUCCUCCACAGCAGCAGAGGAGGUUCAGAAGACUCUUGGGCAGAUGGACAACGAGGCUGCCAUCAACCAAACCGAGUUACACUUAAGUCUUCAAGAUCAUCGAGAGGAGGAAGAGGAGGAGGAGGAAUCUGAUUCUUGAGGGAAGAAAACCUGAGAUGGUUUUCAUACAGACUCAGGAGUUUCUGCCUCAUUCACACUCACCAUUUUGUCCUGUGCAUGGAUAUGAACUGCAGGACACGAGGGCUGGUGCAGUUACACUUGAACAUGUGAGUGUCAUGUCACAGACAUCAAAUCAAUGAACACUUGCUGUACAGACAUGUAGCAUAACCCCUUCCAUAUUUAAAACCUAAUGUAGCUUACUGCAUCCCUGGCUGGGGCUUGGAAAAGUCAUUGAGUCACACUAAUUUAACAUGUAUUGUGACCAGCAAGAGUUUGUCCUUAUUUCCUGAUGCUCAGAAAUGAAACCAGGCCACAGAGGCUGGUGCUGACCCAGUGAUUGUGUUGUGACCUCAUCUGCCUCAGCUGGGAACUGGGAGGUGGGAAAAGCCAUGUCCAGACCUCGCUCCAGGCUCUUGGCUUCCAUGUUCUCACCCUCAGACACGUUCUGAGAACAGGGUUUAUUCCUUCCCCUUUCUGUACCUCCUGGUGCUCUGCUGUAUUGUCAGCUUGGACCAACACAGUGAAGUGUUUCCUACUUUGUGCUCUCUCAAACUAGCAGCCAAGAGCCUUGUAUUCAUCCACAAGCCGUACGUGCUGCUUGUAAUAAGGAGCUAGUGCUUUUUGAGCACUGUUACUUUUUCCCUUAGCAACUUGUAAAUAAUACAGUUCCACCUUCUGCUUUCACGUGAUCUUCAAGGAGGAGGCUGAGAACUUAGUUAUAAAAUGGGAAGUGAGUGCCCUCUCAUUUGUUUAAUGGCACAAAAAGCACUGUAACUGCUGCUCUUGGACAGACAAGAUGCUUUUCCUCCUCAUUUUAUCCAUUCUCUUUUAAAACACAGAAAUCCAAACUCUGUUAAACUGGUUAAAAACAAACAAUAAAAGUAAUAUCCUUACUCA